GCGUCCCGGGCCGACCGGCGGGCGGGCGCACUCGGGCUGAGCCAUGCCGGCGGCGCGCGUGGAGUACAUCGCGCCCUGGUGGGUGGCGUGGCUGCACAGCGUCCCGCACCUCGGGCUGCGCUUGCAGCCGGUGGACAGCACCUUCAGGCCCCGCGAUGAGAGUUACCAGGAGUCGCUGCUGUUCCUGGGGCUGGUGGCCGUCAUCGGCCUGGGCCUGAACCUCGUCCUCCUUGCGGCCUACCUGGUCUGCGUGUGCGGCUGCCGGCGGGACGACGCGGCGCAGACCAAGCGCCCCCGCUCCUGCUGCGUCACCUGGACGGCCGUGGUGGCCGCGCUCAUCUGCUGCACUGCAGUGGGCGCGGGUUUCUAUGGAAACAGCGAGGCCAACGACGGGGUGUAUCAGCUGCUCUACGCCCUGGACAACGCCAACCACACCUUCUCCGGGAUCGAUGUGCUGGUGUCGGGAACCACCCAGAAGAUGAAGGUGGACCUGGAGCAGCACCUCGCCCGCCUGGGUGAGAUCUUUGCCGCCCGGGGCGAUUACCUCCAGACGCUGAAGUUCUUACAGCAGACGGCGGGCAGCAUCAUUGUCCAGAUGGCAGGGGUGCCCGUGUGGACGGAGGUCACUGAGGAACUGACCGAACUGGCCAACCAGACCAGCUUUGUGGAGUACUACAGGUGGCUCUCCUACCUCCUGCUGUUCGUCUUGGACCUGGUCCUCUUCCUCCUUGCCUGCCUGGGUCUGGCCAAGCGCUCCAGGUGCCUCCUGGCCUCGACGCUCUGUUGCGGGGUGCUGGCCCUGCUCCUCAGCUGGAUGUCCCUGGCUGCUGACGCUGCCGCGGCUGUGGGCACCAGCGACUUCUGCGCGGCCCCAGACACCUUCAUCCUGAACAUCACAGAGGGCCAGGUCCGCCCCGAGGUGACCCGAUACUACCUGUACUGCAGUCAGAGCGCAAGCAGCCCCUUCCAGCAGGCCCUGACCGUCUUCCAGCGCUCGCUGACCUCCAUGCAGAUCCAGGUGGCAGGACUGCUGCAGUUCGCCGUGCCCCGCUUCCCCACCGCAGAGAAAGAUCUGCUUGGAAUCCAGCUCCUGCUGAACUCAUCCGAGUCCGGCCUCCACCAGCUGACCGCCUUGUUGGACUGCCGGGGGCUGCACAAGGACUACCUGGACGCCCUCACCGGCAUCUGCUACGACGGCCUCGAGGGCCUGCUGUACCUCGGCCUCUUCUCCCUCCUGGCUGCCCUGGCCUUUUCCAUCAUGAUCUGCCUGGGGCCGGGGGCUUGGAAGCACUGUGCCACCAGGGACAGGGACUAUGACGACAUCGACGACGACGACCCCUUCAACCCCCAGGCCCGGCGCAUCGCCACCCACAACCCGCCUCGGGGGCAGCUUCACAGCUUCUGCAGCUACAGCAGCGGCCUGGGCAGCCAGGGCAGCCUGCACCCAGCCCAGACCAUCUCCAACGCCCCCGUCUCAGAGUACAUGAACCAAGCCGCACUGUUCGGCGGGAACCCACGCUACGAGAACGUGCCACUCAUCGGAAGAGGCUCCCCUCCACCCACGUACUCGCCCAGCAUGCGGGCCACCUACCUGUCCGUGGCAGAUGAACACCUGCGGCACUACAGGAAUGAGUUUCCAGGCUAACAUGCUUUCCAGAGUUCCUGCCUCCAUGCUCCGUUUUGGUUUUUAACUAAGGCAAAUGCGAGUGUGUUUCUUUAACAGAAACCAAAGGCAUAUACAGAGACGACAGGAUCGGAAGGCUCUGGCUGGUGCCAGGGAGUGACUGGAGAUUCAGGGAGAGUCAGCCCGGGGUUGGCUGACAUUCCUGGGCAGACAAGCCCUGUGAGCUGGACCAGCCCUCUCCCUCCACUGACUCCCUCUCCACACCGGAAACGCCCCCAGGUGCUUGGCCGUCCCUAAGUUAGGAGCCUGCCUCAGUUUGCCCCUGACUCCCCGCCUCACCAGGUGGGGAAGGGCAGUGACGAGGGCCUGGGUCAGGCUUGAGGGACCCUUUGCUGGGACUCUGCCUCCUGCAGACACAGCUGGGAGCCCAGGUGACCGUUCUCGGGGUCGCCUCUCUCCUGGCUGCUCAGAUGGGUACCAUUUACCCACAGGUAAAGGCAGGUGGGCGGAUCAGGAGAUCCUUUUUAAGGUGACAUCCCUGAUGAGACCAGACACUGUCCAACUCAGCCUCCUGGGCCCCAGUGGACUCUUCCCGGGCCAUGGAGGGAAGGCCUUGGCAGGUUCUGCCUGUGAGGCCAGGAGCUCCAGGGCCUCGCAGCCUGGUGGGCUUCCAGGCGGCGGUGGUGGACCUGUCUUCUCCGCAACCUUCUGUCACCUCACCUCCAUUCCAGAAUCUCCGCUGUGAGUUUGCUCAUGGCGGUAAGGGCGGUCUCAGGUAUUCACAGACACUUUGAAAAAGCGACUCUCUUUCUUGCCAGUGUAAGAUUCUUGAUUAUCCAAAGAAUUGAAACUUAUCCCACAAGCCAGUUUUUACAGCAGAUGUGGGGCUGAUCCCUCCCACCUGAUUUGUCGAACAAAACAGAGGUCAGUGAGACACCCUGUCCCUAGAUGCUGGUUGGUGGGGAUAUGUGUUCAUCCCACCUGGACGGACCCAUCUUGAGAGAAUAAAGUCUCUGGGAGGGAAGUCUGAACAUGAGCAGUCUGGUCCCAGAGACUGGCUGCGUGGCCACAUCAGCUCUCUCUAAAUCUGUCUCCAAGUAGGUCCUAAAGGUUUUAGCAAAAUGGUGUCCUGAUGCACAGACGGGCAUCUUCCCUACCUCUCCCUCCAUCCUGUCCCCAUCCCCAACCGGUGCCUGCUGGGUGAGGGAGGAGCCUGGGGACCAGGAGGAAGUGAUGACCCACCACCCUCUCCGCUGAGGAUCCAACGUUAGCGUCUUUGGUGCUUCCAACCUCCUGCUGACAAACAGCACAAGGCCCGGGAGGCCCACAUCCUCCCACACCGAAGCAGGGGCAUGGGGUAGCGUGGCUGUGGACCGGGGCACCGCUUGUAGUCAAAAGGCUGAACAGCAGAGUGGUUUUUAGGCCCAGCCAAGCCUCCCUAACGGCAGGGCUACCGGGCCGCCGGGACUCUCUGUCUCCCUCAUUCCCCUGUACAUACGUGUACCGUGACCCCACCUUCGCGAGGCCAUGUCGCAUGGUGGUGCAUGUCAAGGUGGUGCUUCUUAACGUCCCUCGUUGGCCACUAGAGUUGUUUUUCAUGCAUGUAAACUAAACUAGAAUCCCUUGGGUGGUUCCUGGAGGAGCCAGGUGGGCACACCUCUGCUUAAUACCGGUGCGCCCUCACCUGGGGAAGAAAUAAACCACUGGUACUAAAAUGCA